AGUUUGGCCUCCGUCAGGUAAAGGGCGCCCUCUGGUGGUUGCAGCUGAGACGGACGUCAUCAGGGGAUUGGAAAUGGAAAACGUGUCAGCUUGAACAAACAACCCCUGGAUUUAAAAUUCAGGAGCUUCCAGAGUUGGGAUGUGCUCUCUGUUCAUGAUGCUGCUGCUCCUGAUGAUGAUGAGUUGGACAGAACAAGGAAGCAGCAGCGGUGGGAGGGACGGAGAGGUAAGAGGAGAGGCGUCACCUGUACGUGAAACGAACACCUGUUGCCCGGUGGGCUCUUAAAGACGCAUGAGAAAAGAAAAGGUUCGUGUUACAGCUGGGGAUCCCGGUGGUUUUUGUCGCUUAAAGGAACAAAACCUUCAUUCUACUCGGCUUCAAACUGUCGCUUCAGUUGGACUGGAAGGAACAUGUAGAGGAUUUAUUUUUAAAGGGAAUCCACCAGCGAACCACAGGCUGAACAUGCUGCAGGUUGUUUGACUGACAGAUAUGGGGUCAGGAAGAUCAUACUGGCAGACUUUCGCUGCAGUUGUACUCUUUUGCCACUUUUCGAUCACUGAAGGUGGGAGGUCGGAGGUCCGUGGGAAGGUUGGAGGCUGGGUGGAUCUGGAGUGCAGUUUUCCACCAGCAGGGCGGCGGUCUGGGUCAUCUGCAACCCAACAUGUGGUGGAAUGGGUGCGGCAAGGCGUUGACAUUCCUGUCCUGAUGAAAUUUGGAUCCUACACACCCCGAGUCCAUCCAGGUUUCGAAGGGCGGGCGUCUCUGCUCAGCAGCGCCACCCUAAGGCUGGAGCGCCUGCAGCUGGACGACCAGGGUUUCUACAGCUGCCGGAUAUUUCAGCUGGACAAACUGGAAGAGGAAGAGCAGAGCAGCAACUGGACUCGGCUUUCUGUGACUGCCCCGCCCACUUUCACCAAAGCCCCGCCCCCUGUCGUCCAGGCCCUGGUGGGAAGUCGCCUGUCUCUUGACUGCGUUGCUAUUGGCAACCCUACGCCAACCAUCACCUGGCUAAAAGACGGCAGCGCCGUUCCCAGUGCAAACCUUCAGGGAGGAGCGCUGUCUCUGCCGGCGGUGACCGCGCAGGCGGCCGGGCUCUACGCCUGCCACGCCUCCAACGCCGAGGGAAACGCGAGCCGCGUGGCGAAGCUGGAGAUCAAAGGUCCGCCUGUCAUCAUCGUUCCUCCUAAAGACACAACCCUCAACAUGUCCCAGAAUGCACUGCUGCAGUGCCAGGCGGUGGCCGACCCUCCCAACAUGACGUACGUGUGGCAGAAAGCCGGAGAAAACGUCCAUCAUAUCGAGUCUCUGAAGUCGCGCGUGAGGAUCCUGGUUGAUGGAACGCUGCAGAUCUUCCGUUUACUGCCAGAAGACUCCGGGAACUUCACCUGCGUACCGACCAAUGGGCUGCUGACCCCGCCCACCGCCUCCGCCAUCUUAACUGUGAUGCACCCAGCCAAGGCUCUCCAAAUACCCGAGGAAACGUACCUUCCCACAGGUAUGGGCGGCGGGAUCCGAUGCCCGGUGGCAGCUCAGCCUCCGCUGCGCCGCGUGGAUUGGAUAAAAGACGGAGCGCCUCUGGAUCUGUCUCUGUAUCCAGGAUGGACUCUGACAGCCGACGGCUCUUUGGUCAUGGCGACGGUCAACGAAGACGCAGAGGGCACCUACAGCUGUACUCCAUACAACAGCUACGGCACCAUGGGGCCGUCUGGACCCACCAGGGUGGUUCUGCAGGACCCCCCGUCAUUCAGCAUCACUCCAGCCGAGGAAUACAGGCGGGACGCCGGGAGGACGCUGCUCAUCCCCUGUCAAGGAAACGCAGCCGCAGCAGCUGCAGCAGCCGCCUGGAGGAAGGCUCCAGAAGAAAAAGCCACCAGAGAGCGAAGAGAAGAGAGGCAGCAGCGUCUCAGUCAGAGGAACAGGGAAAUCCGCCAAACACAGUUUGUCCUACUGUACUUCUGUCUGCCAAGCCCCGCGUCGCUGUCAGCUAAUCAGAGCUCAGCGGGUGUCAUCCUGCAGUGGGCCCUCCCUGACGCCCAGCAGCCGCCCAUCACGGGCUUCGUCCUCCAAUCCCGCUCCGCCGCAGCAGAGGACUGGUUUAAUCUGGAGGAGAACAUCAACGCCAGCAGCAGCCGCAUCCUGGUUAGGGGUCUGCAGAAGGACCGUGUGUAUGAGCUGCGGAUGCUUUCUCGUCGGGGGGAGCUGCUGAGCGAACCCGGUCCAUCAGUCAACGUCUCCACCACAGUGACGGAGAGCUUCGCAGCUACGUCUACGUUCGUCCCGGAGUCGUUGCUGGCCGGUGUGCUGGCCGGCGUCGGCGUCAUGUUUCUGGCGCUGGUCUUGUUGCUCGGUUCUGCCUGCUUUGUCAGCCGCAGGAGGGACCGUCGCCGCAAGAAGACGGAGAACGAACCCCUUCCUGCCAUCUAUAAGUGCUCCCCAUCAAUUAAGACUUCAGGCUCCAGUAGUCCAGACAGUUUGUUGAAGAAAAGCCUCCUCCCAGCCAGCUCUCACUACCCCACAACGUCUUCCACCACUUCUUCCUCUCAGACGGACUGCUCCACUUUGAGCACAGAGAAUAACCGUCGGCGCAGGACUCUAGAGCCAACCUACAGCAGAGGCCGCCUUACCAAGACAACUUCUUUAAUUUCUCCCUCCAUUGAGUUGAUUUCUAGAGGUCCGGAUGGCCGGUUUGCAGCUGGUGACUAUGACACAAUAAGCGUUGACAGCGAAACGAUUUCCAGAGUCAAAAGAUCUCUGUCACUCCACUUGGAAAAGGGGGACAAGAAAGACCUGCCGUGUGUGCUUUCUGUUGACGUUCCUCCGUUUAAACUGGAGCGUGAGUCAAGUCCAAUGCGCAGCUUGGGUCAACUCCCACCACUUCAGGAAAGCUACAUUGUUUCGCCUGAUCGGAACAGCUUGUACUCAAACACCAGUUUUUGCACCAUGCCUCGUCUCAACAGAGGUCUGCCUUCGGUAUUUCCCGUCCUCCCACAUCUCCGAGCCAGCAAUGGUCAGCCUUCAACAACAGCGAGCACUUUGGUUCUCCAAAUGGAACAUGAACGUGAGAAAGGGAACCUUAGUCGGUGCCUGAGGCUGGCACAGGAGCGGGAAGAAAUGGAAAGGCAGCUUCGAUGGUACACAUUGGAAAGAAACUCUAUGAAAGUUAAGACAGAGGAAAGAGAAACAAGCAAUGGGGACGAAAGUGUUGAGAGUCUUAUGUGGGAAUACAAAAGCAAGACCUUACCAAACAUCUAUCGUCAAGGUGGUAAGGAGAGAUCUAGAUACCUUACAUCAUCCUCAACCAACUGGGAAGCCCAUCCUUAUGACUCAAGUUCAACUUUGAAUCCAUUCAGAGACCAUUUGAAUACAUCUCCCACUUCGACUCCUUCUUUUUCUCCCAUUUUUCUUGAAUCAUUUACUAAGAAACCCAAUGGACUCCGCCACUCUUUUGUUGACAGCUCAACUCUCCCUCACCAGAGGUGUCGAGUAGAUCCACCACAAGGCUACAAUAGACGAUUCUCAUCCUUUGACCACCAAACAAGUGACUCAUUCCAGAAGCCACAAAUGGAAAACACUCUUAGUAAUGGCACAAUGUUUCACAGCAACAGAAACACUCCAGAUACAGUACCAGACUCUACAAGAUUGGACGAAAUGCUCCGUGAACCAAUUGGUUCAGUUGGCAAAGAGUUGUGUGUCGAGAUGAGCGUAGACGAGCCGGAGUUUGAGUUGCCCACAUUGGAGCCCGUGAAGCCCAUGUUACACCACAGGAUUGCUUCUCAUGUUCAACACGGCUGCUCGCUGUCUCAGCGAAGCAGGCAUGAAGACAUGAGAAGAAGCACAAGCUUCAAUUGCAGCAGGAAUGCUUCUGUCAGCAGUUUUGACAUGGCCCGUCACUGUCAGCAAACCUCAGGACCAGAACACUGGAGAGCUAGGACCCGAGGCUCCCAAACCUUGGACCGCAGUCAGCGAAGUCAGAGUCUAGACUUGAGGAGACAGAAGAAGAGUACCUUUCUCACACCAUCCGCAUGGGUAGAGUCACUCAGCCAAGAGAACUGUUCGGUUGAAUUUUCUCAUACAAGUACCAAAAGCGAGCAACAUUUCUCAACUGCUGUGGGUCCAACUCGCAGUCGAAAACCUGACGUUUCCCAGUACUGUGAACCUAGCCCCUCAGCUGAUGCUGCCAAUCAUCCAGCUCUCAAUCAGGACACAAUGAAGGAAUCAGGUUAUACUGUCAGCCUGAAGGAGGUUUCCACAUACUUACCGCCCAUCAGUAAUGACUUAGAGGCACUGGAAGUGGACUCUGGAGGCUACGAGGGAGUGGCAGACUCCGGUGGCAGCUACAGCAGCUACGCUAGCAGCGGCCGCGGCAGCAUGGAGACUGCUAACGGGCAUCUGCCCUUGUCUCAACUGUCCCCAACGAUGACAGACUCGCCUGCAACUGCAGAGGACACUCAGGGGGGAUCAGAGGACAAGGAAGGUGGACAAACAGAACCAAAACGAAGGAGGCAGCCUUCGGUAGAUGAGAAUUAUGAAUGGGAUGCUGGCGACAUUUGCUCACGGCCUGGAGAACAAGAUGGCGUUCUCCCAGCACCGAACCCACAGAAGCCCGCUGCCCACCGGAGCCGUCCCAGCAUGCCGCGCUCCGAGAAAGCACAAAAACGUUCCUCUGCGUUCGCGUCGCUGCCGGGGCAUCAAAGCAGGCGCUCUGCUGGGCCAGAACCAGACGCCGUGCUGUUCUGACGGCGGCGGCGGCUUGGAGCUCCGGGGGACAAAAGCUCACGCCGGAGAAAGUGAGCUCUUCUGUGAUCAAGCUCGUUCUUUUUUUAUUUAAUUUUAUUCCAAAAGUGGAUAAAAGACGACCGAAGACGAGAGCUUUUUUUGGUGGGUUUUGUCAUUUUUAGCACAGAAAUUCACAUUUUAUCUGAUCUUGCUUCACAUUUACCACAAAGAUUUCAAAUCCUUCUGUUUAUUUUGCUAACUGUGGAUGAAUCAUCCGGUAGGAUUCAGACAAACUCAUGCUGUGAGAUCCAGCGAUAUUGAAUUUCCAGAAAACGCCACGCACUGCAACAAAACAAUACUUUGUUUUUUUACCAGCUACUAUUGAUUUGCUCACUGAGGAGAACGAAUAGAGCAUUAAAAUGUAAUUUAUUGUUCUUUGUCAAUGCUCCACAGAAAUGUGGAAUAUGUUACCAUGAAUGUUUUUUUUAGCUAAAAUCUUGUCUUGCAUAUUGAACCUAUAUAUACAAUAAUCCUAAACAAACUACAAAGCUGUAGCUGCCAAUAACCCAGAGGAGCCCAAACCUUUUGAGACCAAGAUCUACUUUUUCUCUCACCAGCCGGCUGAGAUCUACCUCAUGACACGAAGAUAUAAAGAUUGUAAAAUGAAACUUUAUUGACUUAUUUUAUAUGCAAAUAUCCAAAAGUUAUAGCAGACAUAUUAAGGUGAACCUAAUGCAGUUUCUCCCUCAGUGAGAUUCUGGCACUGGGAGGAGGUUACUGGUUUCAGAGGCCAGCAGCUGUUAUUAUGGUAGAUCUGAACUUUGGGUUGAUGACCUCAGUAUGAGAAACACACAGAGCAGCGCUAAGACAAAAGCACAUCUGAUGAAGUUGGGAUAUUUUUCCUCCAACUGGAUCCAAACCAGAUGUUGGACUGGAAUUUAUUUCAAUGUCGUCUGUGAACGUCAGCUUCUCAUUUUCAACAGUGGAGCUAGAAAGGUUGAAAAAGGUUAUUAUUUUGGAGAUGAUCUCAUCAGCAUCGAUAUUUCCACUAAAUAAGAGACAAAAAUAAAGAUGCCAGAGAAAAUAGACAAUUAUAGACAAUCAACUCACCGGGUUUCCAUUUUUUGGUUUCAUCGCCUGUGAUUUAUUGUUGAUAUUUUAAGAUGUGAAUAUUUUUUUACUACCUAUACAUGAAUUUCUGAUUCAUCUGCAGGGGCAAGAAUCAGUUUGUGAAAAACUCAAUUAAUCCAGAUUAUUAUAGUGUUUUAAAUGUAUUUUAAAAAUCAAGCUUUUAUUGUAAUUAGACAUGAGAGGCGUAAUCCUUUACACAGAGGAUUAAUUAUUCUUUAUAUCCGUUUUUAUUUCCUUCUGUUAGGUUUCUCAUGACUUCUAAGAAAUUGAAAAGAAAUCUAGAAUAAUGAUGUAUUUUUUGCAAGAGAUGUUAAAGUUUUAACAGCUUCCUUUUAGAAAGCGAUAUUGAAUUGAUUGAAUAUUGCAGGUUUUAUUUUCAGGGAAUAUAUCGUCACUUUCUAAAUGCUUUGUUAAGAAAAACCUCAAAAGGAAUUUAAAACUGUAAAUUCAGCAUUUUAAUUUGGUAGAAGAGACAAAUUUGUUGUAAGUAAAUGAAACAAAUUAAAGGUUUGUUAAAGUCUGAUGCGACUUUAAUGCUUUUAAAUCAAAGUUUCUUUAUGUUUGUUAAAAAUUAAAGCC